AUGCAUGCCGUCAUCCCUAGCGGGUUCGCCACCUACAUCAUGUGGUUUGAGGAGGUGGGGAUUGGCCUCACAAUACGGGCAGGGGGAGGCGGAGGUCGGGACGCUCCCAAACCCGUUCUACCGGUCGCCACCGACCACGAGGAGGAUGAGGUAAAUGCCGAGGCAGAUCUUGCCGGGGAGGCGGAUGAGGUGGAUACCGCUGACAAGGAGAGGGCUGAGGCUGUGUCCCGCUCGAAUAAGGAGGAGGAUGGGGCAGACGAAGCGGUGGGAAGUGCGGAUGGGUGGAGCGAUGAUGGUGACGAGUGGUGGGCACUAGGGCGCUAUGAAAGGGAGUAA